ACUGUGUCCUUCAUGAACACAGCAGACAGUCCUUAAGUGUCCUAAAGUCUGUGAGAAGAGGAAACAGAGGAAAAGAGUGGAUGCAAAGAUCUUCUGGCCUGUGUGUGACUUUACGCCGUGUAGAACAGGCAUGCGCUGGCUAUCUGAGGAGAGGUUCCCAGCACUUCACUCAGAGAGCUUGUUGUCUCCUAGUUCAUAUGCACUGGUCCCAGAACAGCAGAAAAGCAGUGAAGCUUCUCUGCCACUCAGGGUCACGUUCUCCUCACAGCUCUCAUUGUUGAUGAAAACUCUCUGACCUUCCUGAUUCCUGAAAAAGUAAAAACAACCUCCAAAGCCUUGUCAUAGUGACAGUUAAAAAGAGAGCAGAGAUCAUAAGGUUAUUAAGUGAAUUAUAAUGUGAACAGUAAAAAUAAUAACUGUAUAUAUAAUGUAUAAAACAUUUAAGAAUAAGAGUGUGAAGUUGUGGUUAUCUCCAAUCACACCCUUCAAAACACAAGAUAAUGCAGGCAAACAAGGUACUACAGACAAACACAGGGUAAUACAGGUAAACACAGUGUAAUAUAGACAAACAUGAUAAUACAGGUAAACACAGAAAAUUACAGAAGGCAAAAACAGGGUAAUACAGGUAAACACAGAGUAAUACAAGCAAACACAGGGGUAACAAAUGUUAACACAGAGUAAUGUAGGCAAACACAGGGUGAUACAGGUAAACACCGGGUUAAACAGGAAAGCAGGGUAAUGUGUAAAUCUUUAACAGCAACUACAUUAGUAGCAUGCCAGCCUCCAGCAUUGCUACCAUGUUGUUAGCACACCAGUUGCCUGCAUCACUACUACACCACUGCAUUACUACUGUAGUAUUAGCUUAGAACUAUAUUCAGUAUCCAGUAUCUGUACUUCUGUUAAAAACGUAUGAGUUUUUUACUUGUUUAAAAUUAAGGUUUUAUUUUACAGCAGGGUCAUACAUGUUUAGCAUGCUGCACUUAAACCUGUCUUUCUUAUGACAGCUUAACAGGAAGUAAAUGGUAAAUUAUUGAGACCGGUUAACAUUGACUCUUUGUGUCCCGCAUUUUAAAGAAAACUGGCCCACAAACAGACUGUCUAAGACAACUAGGCACAAAUAGAUCUGACAUGUGUAUGAAUUAUUUUAAGAAAGAGAUAUCUUUCUUAAAAUAAUGUUUUCUGUUCUCAAGAAUAUCCUAAGAAUUUCAGACUGGUAUUGGGUUUGGAAUUAUUUAACGGAAAAAUUCCAUAAAUGGACUUGGGGUGUAGUGAAACUUUAUAGCACCCUUACAUUUGCCCCCAGCGUUUCGAAAUACUGUAGAGCAAUAUAGCCGUAUAUUGUGCUCCCAACAGGUUCCACACUUUAUUGUUAAAAUUUUGAGGACCCUGACAAGUCACUUUUAAAACAGGUCACUGAGAACUGUAAAUAUGCACAGCCAGUUUAUUAAAAAACACAGUUUUUAGCUACAGUACCUUGAGGUAGUUCUCCAGAAGCCACAAUUUUGAAAGUAAGUCACUAAGUCAACAGGAUAGGAUAGUGAAACGGAUGCAAAUUUACUUUAGUGGAAAUGCAAGGUAUUGUGUGUAUAAACAGUGUUUUCCACUACCUGUGGACUUUCAAAGUUCUCAGUGCCUCAUUUUAAAUGUCAGGGCCCUCAGAAUUCUACCAAUGAGGUUUGAAGCUACUUUGAGCUUGCCAUUUCUUUGAAUGGGCCACACUAUUCCUCUAUCAGUUUGUUGAAACUGGGGGUGAAUGGUGGUGGGCAGAAAUGCAAAAAUGUCCUUUAUUAGCUAAUUUCCCCCAUAUGGUCAUGUAGCUGCAUCACUUCAUGUAUUUAAAAUAAAAGUUCUCUUAAAGAUUCUGCGUAAAACAAUGUUUUAGGCCAGGAGGAAGAAACACUGAGAGGAACCAAGUCUUGAAUGAGGAAGCUUCUUAAAUGAGGAAGCCUCUUUUGGGCUGGGGCUAGAUAGUAAGACCUGCAAAUACAAUAUGUGCCUUUUGGACGUCUUUUUCCAAAAAUGUGAUUUGCAAAAGAAAUUUAAAACUUAAAGAUUUUGAAACACUUGGAACCUGUACUUCUAUCCCUUUUGUUGCCUCCUGUAUUAACUAGAGCAGUGGUUCUAAAAUAUGGUACACCAAAGUGGUACACCACCAAAUAAAUAUUUUUUAUGCAUCAAAACCAACAGAUAAUACAAGCAAAUGCAUGUGGAUAACAUGGGAGGUUCAAGUCCCUGGGCCUUAAGACUUUGCCUUGUUUUAUUGGAGACAGUUGCAUAUUGUCAUUGUUGGAUAAACACACAGUUUUGUCCAAUGUCAUAAAUGUCAAAAUGAAAGUAAUUUUGCAGCAUUUCUAUUGGCGUGUGCAUUUCAAUAUCAUUCAUUUAUCUAUGUAUUUAUAUUAUAUCAGGAUGUCCAACAGCAUUAUUACAUAUUGCAUUUAUUGUCCAUAUUGUUCACCCCUAGUUUGUUUGCAUAUAUUCCUGUGGAUACCUUUGACUUUUUUGUUUGAUUGCAGGUGAAACACGGUCUAAAAUAUUUGAGAACCACUGAACCAGAGAAUCACUUUUAAUGCAACUUUGUUAGUCAUGUCUGCAGUUGGCCCACAAUGCAGCUGCUAUGCUUUUAACUUGUACCAUCCAGUCCUAUAGCAACUUCUGUGACCAGAACAAGUUUUGUUCCUUAAACCUGACUUAGCUCAUCUGUGACCUACCAGGCCUAGAAAGUGUUUUUGAGCUGAGAAAUGACUUCAGACUGAAUGACUCUUCAGUAAAGAGGUAGUACAUAAAGAUCACUAUUUAGGCAAAAGGCCUGCCUCACAUGACCUUGAGGUUUUUAUACAACUACUGCUUCCUCAUUCAGUCUCUAUUUUCUUUAAACUGCUUCACAAUCUUUUAAGAGAUUUAAAAGUGGCCAACCCCAUAUCCACCAGACUUUUCCACAUAACCCAAAAAGGAUAGUGUUGUUAUUUUUGAUGGGCUCUUGGAAACUCACAGAUCUGUGGCACAACAGUAAACUCUUAAGCUUUUUAACUUUUAAACUACAGAUCUGCUUUGUGGACCACAAUGACAUGAACUGCUUUGUGGAAUACAAUGACCUGUGUAUAUCACUGCCUUUCCUGUGACAGACUAUGGUUUGACAUCCCACUUGGGAAAUCACACCGUGCUACACCAAAAAGAGUCCUUGGGUACGACUCUUAAAACAGUGCUUGCUUUUAUAAUCUGAUUAAGAUGUUAGUCAGUCUGGAGAAGAGAUUAUUCUGCCCUACAGACUAGAAACAGGGCUGGUGUGACCAUGCCUUUUCUUUUUCAGAAAAGCUUAGCUAUUCUAAAGAAAUCCAACAUAACACUUCAAUUUUGUAAUUUAAAAUGUCUGUUUAUCUAGUUAUACCUCUAUAUAAUUAUAUUUUCACUUCCAGUGCUUUCUACGUGCAUUUUCCACUACGCAGUUUCAUUUUCAAGUAUCAGCAGAGAAAUACUAAUUUUGUUUUGCUGACUGGAAUCGUCACCGUCAUGCAAAACCUCCAUCUUGUUUUAGCUUAAAAUUGUAACACUCCCAAUGUCAAUGUCAAUUUAACACUAAUAUUAAAUUGCCCAGUACAGUAUUUCAGAAUGUAAGAUAAAUGAGUAGACCAGUACAAAUGCUCCAAAUGGACUAGGAAUGAAAUCUUUUGUUACAGAGGAAAUCAAAACAUUUUUUUAUCCUUCCUGUAAACAUAGAUGCUGUCUCAACAGUUUGACAACCUAUUGAUUUGGUGCCCACUAAAUAGAUUUAUAGUCACAAAUUCUAUAAAAAAUAGUAUUCAUUAAAUGGAUAAUGGAAUUUUGGAAAGUUGUCAAAAGGUAUUAUUAUUUCCAAGAGGCAGUGUUAAUGAUGAGGUUGUGACUUUGUUGUUGAUAACAAAUAAUGUCUGCAACCUCUGUGUUUGCUGAACUUCUACAGAGUUCGUACGGUCAUGAAAAACCUGGGAAAAGUCAUGGAAUUUGAACAUAGCAACUUCCAGUCCUGGAGAAUUUUGGAAAAAUAAAAACUCCCAUAAUGUUUUGGAAAAGUCAUGGAAAUUUUGAUAUUUUUUUCUGUUUAUCGACUGAGAGAAGCUGUUUUGGUUCUAAACAUUUUUUAUUUACAAAUUUACUUUAAAUUAGUUAACUGGCUUCGUGGGUCCUUCUCUGACUGGAAUUUUAGCUGCACUAUAACUGUAAAUUCACACAGAGAGAAAAAUGAUAAUGCUGUCUAUUUUCAUUUGGAAAAAAUGUAAGGCAUAGAUGUGUUUUUUCAUCCAUUUUAGGGAAGAUAAAAGCCUACGUUUUUAUAUGGAUUUUUUGUUUUAUUUUCCAUGUCUGUACUGAUGCUUUAAAGAUGUAAAGAUCGUGCAGCGACAUGAAAAGACACGAAACAGUCAUGGAAUCUUAUUGGUUAUUAAAAAUUGUAUGAACACAUUUAUAUCCAGUAAAAUAUGGAUACAGGAAUACUACAGAGUCUCGGUGGUGUGUUGGAGCUGCAGUGAUGAGAUGAUCUGAGAGAAGCCGCUGCUGCCGCUCGGUUGUGAAAGAGGCGUUUUAAGAUGAACUCGCCUUACUAGGAAGUUCUCACAGGCGGGUUAGCUUUUAACGCUCAUCCAGAAGUGAAGCGGAAACGGGCGAGGCGGCUCAGAGUUUUAAGACUUUCUGCGACAUUAGCGAGCGUUUUGUCUUCUGCUGGGAGAGAUAUGGAGGAGGAGGAGGGAGUGCUGGCCCUGCGGCAGUACAUCUGCAGCCUGGACCCUGCGACUUUACCCCGCAUCGUGCAGGUCUGCUCUGGGGUCUAUUUCCAAGGCUCUAUCUAUGAGCUGUCGGGCAGUGAGGUGUGCCUGUCUACAGGAGACUUAGUGAAGAUCAUUGGUUUGGAGCUCCUGUCCGUGUGUUGUGAGGAUAUCGCCACCAACACCACAUUUGAAUUGCCUAUGGAACAUUCAGGUCUGUUCAAACUGGUUCCUGAGGAGUUCCCCUACAAUACAAUUGAAGAGAUGGUAGGCCUGCAACCUGUUGGGGUGGACGCCUGUGGCUCCUUCAUCUUUGUCAGUAGAAAUGAAUUAAUCAUAGAGAACUUCACAGUGUCUGCUGGAACAGAGAUAACCCUGCUAUCUGUGGAGGCUUUAGAAGAUGGGAAGACCUAUGCUCGCUGUCAGCUGAUGGGCCAGCAGGGAGUUUCUGCAGAGGUGUUUAUUCCCUUCUCAUGCCAUGGAGAGUUCUACGAGUGUGAGAAUGAACGUGGCUACUCUUUGCAGGAGAUCAUGCUCUCAGACAGGCUGUGCAAGCGCCGCUUCCGCAAAACAAAAUCAAAGAAAUGUGGUGGUCCCUUGAUUUUUACUCCCAUCUACCAAGUCCAAGGAAUCAUGCACAUGAGAAAGAAUAUUGUGAAGUUCCCCUCCAGUCUGGAAGUAGAUGUAAUUGAUGUGACUGAACAGUGUAAAGAUUUAACAUUUGUAACUCCACUGUCCAUGGCUGAGGUAGUCACUCAGCCUAAAGAGGCCUUUCCUACCAUGGCCGAGAUUCUGGAGGAGCCAGUGGCCAAUCGUUUCUUUUGUAGCAGUUGGUUCAGUGAACUGCAAAAGGGCAAAAAUCUUGUGUUGCACAAGUAUAUAAAUGAUACCCCACUGGUGUUAGCAUGCACUCCUAAAGGAAGGAAGGCUCAACAAUACUUCUUGAUUUUAAGUGAAUAUGGUGGCCAAAUGCGGAGAAGGGCAAGAGAGUUUAGCUCAGUAUAUGAGCUCUAUGUUGCUUUCUCUCGCUCUCCUGGCUUGAAAGUGAGUGUGACGAGACACUGUGAAGCCGUAGAAGAAGAAGGAGUACCUGCUCUUAGUGUGGGUGAGCAGCUGGAGGUCUUAAAAUUACAGACAGUGGAUGUGGCAGAAGGUGAAUCGGGAUCUACACAGAAAGUGGAGAGCCUGAUCUGCAGAAGGAUCAUGGAGGAUGAGGAUGAGGAUGAUGAUGAUGACGACGACGAGGUGAAUCAGGAUGGGAUGACAAAGGAUACCUGCUUGCCUCUGUUCACUGAAGCCAAUUUUGUAGAGACAAUUUCUGACAAGAAAAAGUAUUGUUUAGCAGAAUUAGGAAAGAACUUUAGCUUACCCCUUGAAGUGAAAGUGGCAAGUCGCGAUAAAACGCUGGAAAAAGACCCGCUGGCAGGGUUAACAGCACUGAAACUGGAAGAGGCUUUAAGCGAAACCAUGGUGCUUGCUAGCCUGCCUGGCAGGCCAGAGCAAUGCUUUGCAUUACCAAUCAACUGGUUACAAAUGUCUCUCUCCUUCACCUCAGACCCGCUGCCCUGGGCGGAUGGCCAAAAUCCACAGCCUCACCUGGAGACAGUCAUUGAAGUAACUGACCAUUUCUACCAUGAAUAUCACAGGUCUACACAGUCCAAUAUGGCUCCUCCUCCACGUCCUCCAAAACGCAAGCAAGCAUCACAAAAAAACCCUAAAUCACGUGCAAAGGCUAAAGCUGAUACUGCCAACCCCAAAACUAACAAACUCACUGAAAAUCUAGACAGCCUGUCUCUGAGCUGCACAAAAUCCACUGAAAACAGGCGUGCUCCCCCACCUGUACCAUCUGAAUCUUCAGAUAAACCCCCACCAUUGGUACCUAGAAAGAGUUCCUCAGAAAGUUUCAGUACAACCAACACAUAUGUUCAGACCCCAAGAAAACAGAAGAAAAAGCAGCGGAACACAGCGAGGGCGUCCUCAGACAGUGACCAUGACUAUGAAUCUGUGGAAGACAUGCUAAAUGUUCCUGACAGCAUCAUGUUUUACUAGCUCCGUAGGAUCUAUCAGGAUGUGAGAAGAGUUAGCAGAAUGU